GGAGGGGGAGGGCAGCGAUGAGUGUACUCCGGACCAGAGUGAUUGCGGGUAUCGAUCGGGUGGAGGAGGCGAUUGCACACUAGCUUUUGCCUCGCCUCGCCUCUCCCCCUCAUCCGCUUCCUUUCUGUUUCUCCUCCCCACUCUCUCUCUCUCUCUCUCUCUCUCUCUCUCUGGGCUCCGACGACCUCCAGCUCUCUCAACCCUAGCACGCUGGUUAUAUCCAGAGCCACCCGUCCCGUCUUCUUCCUCCAACCCGAUCGAUCGAUCGCUGAGCUGAGCUGAGCUGACUCCACCCGCUCCUUGUAUGGCAAUUCCGCCGCACGGGCAGUACUAGUACGACGUACCAGCAGCUAGUCCCUUGAAGAUUCAAGGGGGGUGGCUAGCAUAGCGAGGUGCAGUCCCCACCGCUGCCGGAGCAGGACAAGCACUACUAGCUGAUCUGGGGCAGCUGCAAGUACCACCACGGCUGCACAUGCAUGAUCGGCCCGCCCGCCCGUGAGAUCUGAUCCUGCUGCGCCUGCGCCUGCUCCUGCAUGCGCGCGAGCUGAAGCUGAUCCGUCCGUCAUCUGCUUCAUCCAUCCACACACAAGCGUGCGUGGUAGCAGGCGAGAGAGAGAGAGCGUCGAGAAGAAAGAAGAUCUCGUAUCGGUCGGGAAGAUGAUGCUCAAGGAUCUGGCAGCGAUUCAGCAGCAACAGCAGCUGCAGAUGCCCGCCGACGAGAACAUGUCCAACCUCACCUCCGCCUCCGGCGACCAGGCCAGCGUCUCCUCCCACCCGCUCCCGCCGCCCGCCAAGAAGAAGCGCAACCUCCCCGGGAAUCCAGACCCCGACGCCGAGGUGAUCGCGCUGUCGCCGCGCACGCUGAUGGCGACGAACCGGUACGUGUGCGAGGUGUGCGGCAAGGGGUUCCAACGCGACCAGAACCUGCAGCUGCACCGGCGCGGCCACAACCUGCCGUGGAAGCUCAAGCAGCGCAACCCCAAGGAGGCGGUGCGCAAGAAGGUGUACGUGUGCCCGGAGCCCGGCUGCGUGCACCACGACCCCUCCCGCGCCCUCGGCGACCUCACCGGCAUCAAGAAGCACUUCAGCCGCAAGCACGGCGAGAAGAAGUGGAAGUGCGACCGCUGCGCCAAGCGCUACGCCGUCCACUCCGACUGGAAGGCGCACUCCAAGGUCUGCGGCACGCGCGAGUACCGAUGCGACUGCGGCACCCUCUUCUCAAGGAGGGACAGCUUCAUCACGCACCGGGCCUUCUGCGACGCGCUCGCGGAGGAGAGCGCCAGGGCGGUGACCGCGGCGGCGGUGGCGGCGGCGGGCCAGCACCACCCCGGGAUGCUCUUCUCGCAGGGCGGCGACGGCGGCGCCGCGGGCGGGCUGCACCUGCCGGCGGCGGUGCUCGACCACCAGUCGCAGCCGCUGGGCGGCCACGGGAUGUCCUUGCAAGAGCUGUGCCUCAAGAGGGAGAGGGAGCAGCAGCAGCAGCAGUUCGUGCCGUCGUGGCUCACACCCCAGCAGCAGCAGCAGCAGCACCUGGAGCUGCAGGCGGCUGGCGCCGGCAGUAACAUGGCCGUGUUCGGGUCGGCGAGGCCGCCGCUGGACCAGGACUACAUGGGGAGCUCCACGCCGGAGAGCACCGCGCAGCCGGCGGCGGGCCUCGGGUUCGGGGUCUCGCCGUCGUCCUCCGCCGCUGCCACGGCCUCCGCGCACAUGUCGGCCACCGCGCUGCUGCAGAAGGCGGCGCAGAUGGGUGCAACGCUGAGCCGGCCGUCGAACCAGGGCCAGAUGGCGAGCACCCACAGCACCAGCACCACCACUGCUGCCACUGCCAACGCAGGCAACGCGCCUAGCACUGGCGCCGGUGCCGUCGGCUUCGGGGCAUCUCACCACUUUGGAGCGGAUGAGAGGACCAGCAGGGCCGAUCGCGACGCCGGUAGCGGCGGCGGCAAUGCCGGCGUGGGUGCCGCCGCCGGAGGCGGCAACGACGGCCUCACCCGGGACUUCUUGGGGCUCCGGGCCUUCUCCCACGGCGACAUACUGAGCAUGGCCGGGUUCGAUCCCUGCAUGUCGUCGGCCUCGUCGGCGGCGUACGAGCAAGGGCACCAGAGCAGCAAGCAGCCGUGGCAUGUCUAGUCACCGGCUCAAUUCCAUAGCUCGCCAUGGAUGAAUCAUAUCCAAGAUGAGGUGCAGCAUGCAUGCAUGCACGACAUUAUUGCUCGAUCUUGUCGGAGGAGAUCGACCUUGGGGUAAGUCGGAUCGAUCGAAUCCUCAGAUCGUUUUUUUCCCCUUGCUGUUGGCACUAGUUUUGAUGUUCAUUUGGGGGUAUGGGCAUUUCAAUUCUUAUAUAUAUGGAAGACUUGCAAACGUUUAUGCUACUAUAUCAUAGUUGACUCAUGUUCUUGGCCAGAAUUUGUACACUUACGUAUUAUCCAUCUGAAGUCAGCGGCUCCUAUACUUAAUUUGUAAGCAUUGUACGAAGCUAUACUACACGCAGUCCAGGGUUUACUGGA